AAUGCAAGCGAGGUGUAGGGGGGAGAUGGCGGUGUCUCACCUCCCGGCAAGCCGGGGAGGGGGCACGGCAACGUGGCCGCGACCACCAGCGACGAAAAGCUGCCGGCCGGUGCGCCGCGCCAUGAGUAGCCAUCGCCGGCUGCACCUCCCGCGCGCGUACGUACAAAAGCUCCUCAGCUGGCUGUCACCUGCGAGCCAUGGCGGAGGGGGUGCCCACCCCCACCCUGCAUGCAUGGUACAUACUCCUACAUGUGCACGACGCCACAGGGCCAUGCAUCGGCGGCAUCUGCGUGCGUGCAUGGCCGGACCGGGACGGGACGACAGGACACACGACCUUUCCUGUCGACCGCGCGCCGGUCGUCUCUACCGGCGCCGAGCACGUGGGGCCGUCCCCCAUGUUAUUCCCUUGCCCGUGGCCGGCCGUGGGGCUCCCCGGCGUCAUCGAUGCCCUUUUGCAUGGCCAUGGCGUCAACGUCGCCGUCGGAUCGAUGAUGAUAGAUCUACAGGGCGUCCGUCCGUCCGCCCGUCGACCAUGCAUGACCGACCGGUACGGUGUAACAUGUGUAGUCGCAUGUCGUGCUAGAAUACAGCUAACAUGAGUGGUGCUGGCUAGCUAUGUGGUACGUGUAUACAAGUGCCCACACGUUACAGCGAGGAAGGAUCUAUGGAGGUGCCAUGUGCGUCGAGGGAUGGAUGUUCUGGACAUGGAAAGAUACCACACAUCGCAUGUCCCUUUCCGAGUGAAUAGAACUGUCCCUUCUUUUUCAUUUAUUUCCAUGUAAGAGAAUAAAAAUGGGCACAUACAAGAUGUGUACAUGUU